CAGCCACCUCGUUCGCACCUGACCAUGGAGUGCGCCCUUCUGUUCGCCUGUGCCCUCCGGGCUGCGGGUCCCGGGCCGCCGUGGGUCCCCGCCGGACUGGGGCGUCUGGCCAAGGCGCUCCAGCUGUGCUGCCUCUGCUGUGCUUCGGUGGCCGUUGCCUUAGCCAGUGACAGCGGCAGCAGCGGUGGCAGCGGAUUAAAUGAUGAUUACGCCUUUGUCACACCCGUAGAAGUGGACUCAGACGGGUCAUAUAUCUCACACGACAUUCUGCACAACAGGAAAAGGAGAUCAGCACACGGUGCCAGCGGCUCCCUGCACUACCGCUUUUCAGCAUUUGGACAGGAUCUACACUUAGAGCUUAAGCCCUCGGCGAUUUUGAGCAGUCACUUUAUGGUCCAGGUACUUGGAAAGGACGGCGCUUCAGAGACUCGGGAGCCCGAGGUGCAGCAGUGUUUGUAUCAGGGAAUUAUCAGAAAUGACAGCUCGUCCUCCGUUGCUGUGUCUACGUGUGCCGGCUUGUCAGGUCUGAUAAGGACACGAGACAAUGAAUUCCUCAUCUCACCGCUACCUCAGCUGCUGGCCCAGGAACACAACUACAGCUCGCCUGCAGGCCACCAUCCUCACGUCCUGUACAAAAGGACAGCAGAGAAGAGGGUCCAGCGGUACCAAGACUACCCUGGCUCCCACCGGACUUUUCCUGGUCACCCCCCAAGUCACACUCCCCCUGCUUCCCAGAGCCAAGAGACAGAGUACCGCCAUCGAAGGUGGCAAAAGCAGCAUUUUUGUGGACGACGCAAGAAAUAUGCUCCCAAGCCUCCUGCAGACAACACCUAUCUACGCUUUGACGAAUAUGGGGGCACGGGACGGCCCAGAAGAUCAGCUGGAAAGUCACAAAAGGGUCUCAAUGUGGAAACACUUGUAGUGGCAGAUGCAAAGAUGGUAGAGAAGCAUAGCAAGGAUGACAUCACCACGUACAUUCUUACUGUCAUGAACAUGGUUUCUAGCUUGUUCAAAGAUGGGACGAUUGGAAGUGACAUAAACAUUGUGGUUGUGAGCCUAAUUCUUUUGGAAGAGGAACCCGAAGGCUUGCUGAUCAAUCACCAUGCAGACCAGUCUCUAAAUAGCUUCUGUCAAUGGCAAUCUGCCCUCGUGGGAAAGAAUGGCAAGAGGCAUGACCAUGCCAUCCUCCUCACAGGAUUUGACAUUUGUUCCUGGAAGAAUGAGCCAUGUGACACACUAGGAUUUGCUCCUAUCAGUGGGAUGUGCAGUAAGUACCGAAGCUGUACCAUCAAUGAAGACACAGGACUUGGCCUGGCCUUCACCAUUGCACAUGAGUCAGGGCACAACUUUGGCAUGGUUCAUGAUGGUGAAGGCAACCCCUGCAGGAAGGCAGAAGGUAACAUCAUGUCGCCCACGCUGACUGGAAACAACGGGGUGUUUUCAUGGUCUUCCUGCAGCCGACAGUAUCUGAAGAAAUUCCUCAGUACACCACAGGCUGGCUGUCUGGUGGAUGAGCCCAAGCAAACGGGACAGUAUAAAUAUCCGGACAAACUCCCAGGACAGAUUUAUGAUGCUGACACACAGUGUAAGUGGCAAUUUGGAGCCAAAGCCAAGCUGUGCAGCCUUGGGGUUAUGAAGGACAUUUGCAAAUCGCUCUGGUGCCACCGCGUGGGCCACAGAUGUGAAACCAAGUUCAUGCCUGCAGCAGAAGGAACCGUUUGUGGCUUGAGUAUGUGGUGUCGACAGGGUCAGUGUGUGAAGCUUGGAGAGCUCGGGCCCCGGCCCAUCCACGGCCAGUGGUCGGCCUGGUCAAAGUGGUCAGAGUGUUCGCGGACGUGUGGAGGAGGAGUCAAGUACCAGGAGAGACACUGUAGUAAUCCCAAGCCUCAGUAUGGUGGCAAGUUCUGCCCAGGAUCUAGCCGUAUCUAUAAACUGUGCAACAUCGAUCCUUGUCACGAGAACAGCUUGGACUUCCGUGCCCAGCAGUGUGCCGAGUAUAACAACAAGCCCUUCCGGGGAUGGCUGUACCGGUGGAGACCGUAUACAAAAGUCGAAGAGGAAGAUCGAUGUAAACUCUACUGCAAGGCCGAGAACUUCGAGUUUUUUUUCGCCAUGUCCGGCAAGGUGAAAGAUGGGACGCCUUGUUCCCCACACAGAAAUGAUGUCUGCAUCGAUGGAAUUUGUGAGCCAGUGGGAUGUGACCACGAGCUUGGCUCUAAGGCAGUCUCAGAUGCAUGUGGUGUUUGCAAAGGCGACAAUUCAACGUGCAAGUUUUAUAAAGGCCUGUACCUCAGUCAGCACAAAGCAAACGAGUAUUACCCUGUGGUCACCAUCCCAGCUGGGGCCAGAAGCAUUGAAAUCCAGGAGUUGCAGCUUUCUUCCAGUUAUCUUGCUGUCCGAAGCCUCAAUCAAAAGUAUUACCUCACAGGGGGCUGGAGCAUUGACUGGCCUGGGGACUUCACCUUCGCGGGGACCACAUUUGAAUACCAGCGUUCCUUUAACCGCCCAGAACGCCUGUAUGCACCAGGACCCACAAAUGAGACGCUGGUCUUUGAAAUUUUGACACAAGGCAAGAAUCCGGGGGUCACUUGGAAGUACGCACUCCCCAAGGGCGUGAAUGUCACUCAGCCUGCCUCAAAGAGAUACCAGCACACCUGGCGCACAGUGCAGUCUGACUGCUCAGUCUCCUGUGGGGGAGGUUACAUAAGCAUCAAGGCCAUUUGUUUACGGGACCAAAACACUCAAGUCAAUUCCUCGUUCUGCAGUGUAAGAACCAAGCCAGCAACAGAACCCAAGAUAUGCAAUGCUUUCUCCUGCCCAGCCUACUGGCUGCCAGGAGAGUGGAGCGCGUGCAGCAAGUCCUGCGCCGGAGGCCAGCAGAGCCGGAAGAUACGGUGCGUGCAGAAGAAGCCUUUCCGGAAGGAGGAGGCUGUGCUGCACUCCCUCUGCCCCGUGAGCACGCCCACGCAGGUUCAAGUCUGCAACAGCCAUGCCUGCCCUCCAGAGUGGAGCUCCGGGCCCUGGUCUCAGUGUUCCAAGACCUGCGGACGAGGAAUGAGGAAACGUGAGGUCCUCUGUAAGAACUCCGCAGCGGAGACGCUCCCCGAGAGCCUGUGUUCGGGCAGCCCCAGGCCCGAGGCCCAGGAGGGCUGUGUGCUGGGGCGCUGCCCCAAAAACAACCGGCUCCAGUGGAUGGCAUCUUCGUGGAGUGAGUGUUCUGCCACCUGCGGUUUGGGUGUGAGGAAGAGGGAACUGAAGUGCAUUGAGAAGAACUUGCAGGGGAAACUGAUAACAUUCCCAGAGCGGAGAUGCCGAAACAUUAAGAAGCCAGGACUGGAACUGGAAGAAACCUGCAACCGAAGGGCUUGCCCAGUGUAUAGUGUGGUGGCUGGCUGGUAUUCAUCACCGUGGCAACAGUGCACAGUAACCUGUGGGGGAGGGGUCCAGACCCGAUCUGUCCACUGCAUGCAGCAAGGCCGGCCUUCCUCAAGUUGUCUACUCCAUCAGAAGCCUCCAGCACUCAGAGCUUGUAAUACAAACUUCUGUCCAGCUCCUGAAAAAAGAGAUGAUCCAGCCUGCAUCGAUUUCUUCAGCUGGUGUCACCUGGUCCCUCAGCACGGGGUCUGCAACCACAAAUUUUAUGGAAAACAGUGCUGUAGGUCAUGCACAAGGAAGAGUUGAAGCCAGAGGGCCCCCUCGCCCUCCUCAGACCGUACACGUCUGUCUCCAGGUCUUUCUACCAAGACUUCAAACCACAGAGGAACUACCAUAGGGUUUGAAGAAUGGACAGAUAGCCACCAGCCUCCUUAGUCGAUCCUGGAAGCACAUGGUACUCUAAGGCACUUGACAAUGAGAAGCGAUGACAAAUCCAACUUUAAAAAAAGAAAGAAAGAAAGAAAGAUAAAAAAGAAAGCCUUUGAUUUGCACUGUCAUUUGGAAAAGAAGAUGUGUAAUACUGAGAUAAACCAAAUUUUCGUUUUGAUAAUGUGGGAAUCCUGACUUCAGGACGGAUCUAGUCCCCACACACGUACUCUUGAACAUCAAAGGAUUCAAUGGAAAAAAAAACAAAACAAAACACCAAAACAUCUAUUUUAAAAAAAAUUCUUCAAGGCUUCAGGUUAAGGACUGAGCCUCAGACCCAUCGAAUAUGUGGAUGAAACUCUGACUAACAGUUGCUUGGAAUUUAUAGUGUCAAAAUCUGACGCCAAACGGUGCUCAAUGGGUGCUUGCUGCUGGACUGGCAAGCUUCAUCUUAUGGUUAUUUUGUGUGUUUUGUUGUUUAUUUGGUUUCAAGUAUGUUCUGCCUGUAGAGAGUCUCCAAGACUAAAAUUAACAACUUGAAACUCAUUCCCAGUAGCAUUUUGGAAGCAGGGCCACUUGGACUAUUUAAGUUCUCCAUGUAAUUAAAAUUCACACUUGAAGGGGAAAAAACCCCUCAAAUAUUGGUGCCCUUCACCUGACAUCGACCUCAUAACUUUUGGUGCUUAGUGAAUGGGAAUGUGGGAGGCUGGUGCCUGCUGUAUGAGAAUAAGAAUUGGCGACAUAUUCAUUUUUGGUGAAAUAGGCACUAACUGGUGAAAUAGCAUGCUUGAAGGAGGGAAGCCCACCAUUUAUAAUGUUCCAUACAUAUUAUCAGAAGGCUUAGAAAAUUAAAGGCUGCUUGUGGGUUUGGUUUUUUUGGUUUUUUUUUUUUUCCUACCAACUGACGAGUUUCAAUUUUCUCCAGGACUUGGUCAACAAGGAAAAAAAUAAAACACAGCGGCCAGAGAAAAAUUCAUCUGUCUUUUUGCUACAUUAAUAAAUUACAACUCACCAAGCCCUUCCAUGAAAAACAGUAUUUCACCAUGUCUCAGACGAGAGUUUGGUUAUUGGGAACCAGCUGUUGAUGGGCAUUAACAAGCUUAAAAUUGUUCUCAAUUGGAAAAACACUGCACUGUUUUGCCAAAACCAGAGUAACUUAAAAGACUGUG